ACUUGAAAAAGGAUGCAAAAUGCUUUUAUUUUGCCCAACUUGUUCGAAUGUUUUGACUGUAGAGGAAGGAACUGGGCCAUCCUCGUAUAGGUUUGCUUGUCAAACGUGUCCUUAUGUUUACAACAUCACAAAAAAGAUAUCAAGUAAAAAAUAUCCAAAAUUGAAAGAGGUUGAUGAUGUAUUAGGUGGAAAGGAAGCCUGGGAAAAUGUGGACUCAACAGAAGAGCGCUGCCCCAAGUGUGAACAUGACAGAGCCUACUUCAUGCAGAUUCAGACUCGGUCAGCAGAUGAACCCAUGACCACAUUCUACAAAUGUUGCAAAUGUGGUCAUCGCUGGAGGGAAUAACACUGGAUAUAAUUUUCAGAAGAAAAACUAUUUUCCAAGUCUGAUUAAAUCAAUAAGGAAAAACCAUUCCACUCCCAGGAGUAAUUGCACUAUGCUCUCAGAAAAAGAGGAAUUUAGCAAGAAAGUGAGCAGACAUAAAAUUGAUAGUGUUUUGCUGACAACCACAACUGCUGUUUGUAGCUUGUCUACUCCUUAGCUCACACCCACAGAAAGAGUACCUGGUAGAGGCUAGCUCAGGGGUGACUGAUAAGUGAUUUCUGCUCAUGUUAUGAAUACAUUUUUAACUCUUUACACCCUAACAUCGGCAUGCAUAUUCUCCAUACUGUUCUCUAUACAUUUCUUAAGGUGUUCAUAAGGAGAAAUUGUUUAACAAUCAAGA